CUGUAAAGUGAAGUCGUCACAUCGUGAGCAUCCCCAGUUUGAGCAGCUGUUUGAGAGUCGGAGACCACCAGGUGGGCUUCCGGGGUGUUUUUAACAGAAUGAGAGGCAGAGAAGGUGGGAAUGUGUUUGCAUCUUCCUGCGUGUCCUCAGCUGAUCUACAGUGAGCAGCAGGAACCAUGCGACACACUUGGGGAUGUUUUGCCUGAGUCGCUUGAAAGUUAGAUGAGAUAAGCAGGUUUCGCGGUGAUUUAAGAAAGCGCGUCCUGACCUUGUUGGAGGGAAUUGUUUUCUCACUGAUUGCUAUCCUGCUGUCAGAGUGUAACUGCUGGAGGAGGAGACAGAUAAGGUCAUCACAGAUAAGCUCCAGCCCCGGAGUCCGUGCGAUAGCAGUUUGUACAAGCCCGCAAUUCCAAAUGACUGAGAACAGCGCGCCAACCCAAACCUCAGAGCCUCAGAGUCGGAAACCUGACGCCUUCACAUUUUUAUUUUCACUUCGUGUCUUCCUUCAUUCGGACGGGAAGCCUCAGUCCCAGAAGGAUCCAAUGCUGGUGGAGAAGAUCAUGAACGACCUGGACUCGAACAAAGACAACGAGGUGGAUUUCAACGAGUUUGUUGUGCUGGUGGCUGCGCUGACAGUCGCCUGCAACGACUUCUUCCAAGAGCAGAAGAAGAAAAACAAGUAGAUGUCUGCAGAGAGCCGCCUGUAAACCACGUGUAAAUCAAACAAUACAGUAAACGUCCCACCUGUUCAACACUCUGUAUUAGUAUUUGUAUAGGAUUGUGAAUGUAAUCUUACUGAAGUUAGACACUCUGUCCUGUCGUCACAGAUAAAAAUCAGCCAUCAAUGUUCAGCCUGGAGCUGUUAAAGUAUAACUUCAGCUUGUCUGAUCCAAAUUAGUCGUUUUUAUAUCAGAGUGAUGUUUGUAAUUAGAGAAUACAAACCCAACUGUCGUCCUUUUCUUCACUGCGUUGGGCGCAUUACAGUAAAAACUCCUUUUUGUGUGUGAAAGGCAGCACAGAGAGCUCAUUACCCAUAAUCAGUUCAGUGGCAUUAACCUUUAAAAACACACCUUUCUCAUUUCGGAAUUUGUCUUUAAAUUCUUUGUUGGCCUUUUUUUUUUCUUGUCCCAGUGGACGUCCCAGCAGAGACCGUCCCGGCUGCGCUAUAAAUGUCAAAAGUUGAAUAUUUUGUGUGUCUUUGGAGGAAUCGUCAGCCUGUUUGUCCCCCGUCAGUCCCGCUUGUCCGCCUGAAUCCCCCCGAGGAGGAAGGUUUUCUUUUUCCUUUGUGUCGGCACAAAGCUGCACGGACUCUUUGGAAAAACGCAGGAUGACAGCGAAUCGGCUGUCUUAGUGAAAAGCGUUCUGUUGUCUGUGGCAUUUAAUCAGUUUCUGGUGUGUAAAUGUACCGCGUGUUGCAUGGGAAAAGUUAGAUGUUUAGAAAGAUUUUCAAGUUCUGACCGUCCGCCUGUUUUUGAACAAUUCACUCUGAGCUUUGUCUUCUAACAGUUUAAGUGUCAGAAUAAAUCAGAGCUGCCGGGUGACGUCGUGUAAAAACAUCGUGAGUGAAUAAACUGCACUGCAUGCUCUGAAACCGCA